AUGUUCUCUGCCCAUCUGGACCUGCAUGAGGUCGACACCAUCCUCUCACACCAUGACACUUCGGUUGGCCGUGAAUACCUCAUUCACUGGCGCAACACCUCAGCAUCUGAAGACUCAUGGGAGCCGUUCUCCAACCUCAGCCAUGCUCCUCGUGCCAUUGGAGUCUAUCUUGCCUCAUUGGCACCGAGAACGGUGCCUUCAUGGAGGGGAGCCAGAAACAGUAGAACAAGCCCAAGAGCCGUUGAGCUUGUUACACCUCCCCGUCGUCGCCUCUCCCUCCCCGCCGUCAUCCCUCCCUCCUCGCCGUCGCCUCUCCCUCCUCCCCGUCGUCACCUCUCCCUCCUCCCCACCGUCGCCUCUACUUGUCCCCGCCGUCGCCCCUCCUUCCUUCCCGCCUUCGCCGCUCCCUCCUCCCCGCCGUCGCCUCUCCCUCCUACCCGCCGUCGCCUCUCCCUCCUCCCUGCCGUCGCCUCUCCUUGUCCCCGCCGUCGCCCUUCCUUCCUCCCUGCCGACGCCGCUCCCUCCUCCCCGCCAUCACCGCUCCCUCCUCCCCGUCGUCGCCUCUCCCUCCUCCCCGCCGUCGCCGCUCCCUCCUCCUCGCCAUCGUCUCUCCCUCCUCCCCGCCGUCGCCUCCGGCAACAGGUGCACGAGCGCAAGCGCGGAUUGGUGCACGAGCGCAGGUUGGUGCACGAGCGCAGGUUGGUGCACGAGCGCGGGUUGUUUUCAGAGUUACCGUAG